GAUAAAGUAAAACUUGGAUUAUUUAGCCUUGUGGUGUACUUUCAACAGCGCUCCCGUCAGGGGAUGCGUUCUACGGCAGGGGUGCAUUCUACGGCACAACACCUGUAGCGCCAGCGACAUCCUGUGGUGAAAAGCGUUAGUUCAGCCGUUAACCUCCUGCAGGUCACGCACAUGUAGUGAUGUACAGCGCCACUCGGUGAGUCUGGUUGGUAUUACCCUGUCUGAGUGGGAAAAAUAAUCAGAUAACAGAACUGAUGCUUAUCGAUCAACCCUAGGGAUUGAAAUGUUUACAGUGUUUUAACCCGACUGUGUGCGCGCGUGUGUCAGUGACAUACGUGUCCAGCUGCUCGAGACAAAUAACCACCGCCGGUGACCUCACAUCACUGUCAGCUUCCGCCCCCACAGCCAAACCAUCACAUGCGAGUGAAUUAUCCGAUAGAGUGGACCGCAAGGGAUGUGGGGCGUAGCAGCAGAAAUGUUAGCAGGCUCCAGCUAAAUUUGAUGGACAAACCUUCGCUUCAGAUGAGCGGUCCACACAGACAGACAGACGACUGAGUGCUAGCUACUGCCUCUAUCUUGGCUAACUUAGCUAACCAUGCGGUUAUUUGGUCAAUAGCCAGAAAACUUUAGCAUUUGGUUUCUGGUCCAGGGCCCGUUUCUGUCCCAUUUUUCCUACGCUUCCGGAAAAUUCAAGGUAAUGUUUAUCAUUACUGAGUCUGUCAGUGUGACACGAUGUUUUUUCUCUAUGUAAAAUAGGUCUUAGCAAACUGACCCAGUUGUAGCCAGUCGUGAAUUGCUAGCUGACCGUCCAUUAUCCGUCUAAUUAGAUGAUACUACAAUGAAAGUACUCUCUCUGCUGCUGUAAUGUUAGCUACUGUGUUACCAAUGCGAGUGUCACCUUAGUAACAAACCUGAAUCCUCUUUACUCAGCUAGACUCACCUUAAUGCAAGAUAUUGUGACCUUAAAGUCAAGACGAAAAGCAUUGCCCAUCGUGUACUAAUAUUAAAUUCACAUUAAGUUUUUUUCUUCUUCCAGUCUCUAACACCCACUCCAACUUUUGUGUUUUAUCUUUUGUUUUUUUGUGUUUUGUUUGUUUUUUAUAUAUUACAAUAGUACAGGGUUCCUUCACAGUCUGAAUUUCCAUACUUUUCCAUACCCUACUUUAAAAAAUAUAUAUUAUUAUUAUUGUAAAUACCUACUUUUCUAUUUCAGAAAACAUUCUUUUAGGACUGUGGAAACAAAUGUUUUUCCAUACUUUAUUUUACAUUUUCCAUACUUUUUAAGACCUGGAAAUUGAUCAAAUUUAUUUCCAUACUUUUCCAUCCUCUCCGUAUUUGCGUAGGAACCCCUGUUCGUGUCUCCUUGCCAAGCAUAAAUAGUCUGAGUUGCAAGUUUGAUAUGAGAAAAGGGGAGGCUGAAACUUUGAGAGGUUGUGAGAAGUGGUCUCAGUAUAUUGUUUUAUGAACAGCUGAUGUUGACAAUGAGAGUACAGGUAGACCUAUCACACCUAUCACGUUUUUCUUGUUUGCAUUUGAUAAUACGCAACCUUACAUGUAUUAUCAGCCUCUACCUCUGGUUGAAAGCGUAAACGUCAUAUUUUUCGCUUUUUCCUGCAACCUUUGCCUGCUCCUGUCUGCAGGACCAUGGAUUUUCCAGGCCAUUUUGAGCAGAUCUUCCAGCAACUCAACUACCAGCGGGUCCACGGUCAGCUGUGUGAUUGUGUCAUCGUGGUCGGCAGCCGACACUUCAAGGCCCAUCGCUCUGUGCUGGCGGCCUGCAGCACCCAUUUCAGAGCCUUGUUUACGGUGGCAGAGGGAGAUGCUAGUAUGAACAUGAUCCAGCUGGACAGCGAGGUUAGGAUCCUUACAUUUGUCUGAACAUUAAUGUUUGUGUGGUGAGACUUUUCAGGCAGUAAUUGUAGUUCUUCACUGUGAUUAAUCAUACCCCGUUUUUCUACUUUCAGGUGGUGACUGCUGAGGCGUUUGCAGCACUGGUGGACAUGAUGUACACCUCCACACUCAUGCUAGGAGAGAGCAAUGUCAUGGAUAUCCUCCUCGCAGCCUCACACCUGCACCUCAACAAUGUUGUCAAGGCCUGCAAACACUACCUGACCACACGCACCCUGCCGAUGUCCCCCUCCUCAGACAGACCCCUUCAUCACCACGCACAGCAGGAACAGCAGAGGCACAGGCAGCAGCAGCAGCAAGUAGCAGAUUUGGUAGUGAACCCUUCUUUAGCAGCUAAUGCUAACCUCACAGGAAAUGCUGCCUCAUCAAAGAUACAGCGCUCCUUUCUCCUGCAGCAGCUGGGGCUCAGCUUGGUGAGCUCAGCUUUAGGUGGGAUGGAGGAGGGUGGAGUUGGAAAUGUUGUUGGAAGCAGGGUUGAACAGAGAGCCUCCUUCCCAAUCCGUCGCUUUCAUAAACGCAAACCCUCAAUGGCUCUGGGCCUGUCAGAGGAGAGACCGAGACAGAGGCAGCGCCCCUCAGUUUCUAACCUGGGGCUGUUAGGAGAAGGAGGCGGUAACGUAGACCGGGAGGAUGGAGGGCUCCUCUCCCCUGACUCCCACAAGAUGGGAGAUGACUCUAAAAAAGAUGGCGCUAUUACUGGCCUUGUAGGGGUAGUGGCCCAAGAUGAUCCUCAGAUGCCCACCCAGUCAGACAGCGGACACUGUGAAGGGGAGAACUUGGGGAGAAUGCAGGGAGGAGUGAGCAAGGAGGAGGACAUGGGAGAGCAGGACCAUCAGAACAACAGAGGAGGGGUUAAGAUCAAAUCUGGGACAGAAGAGGAAGAGGCUGAAGAGCAGGAACAGAAGGUAAAGGUGUGGUUUGAUUUUGAUAGUGAUACAAAAUGUUUUUCAGACUUAAAAGAGUUACAAGUCCAUGUUAGAUUCACAAAACUUGUUUAACUGUCUGUUUUUUGUUGUAAAGGCUAAUCCAAUUUGUUACUGGCAGCUGUCCAAUAUAACUACUGCUGUGAAUUUUCAGCCAACAAUGUGUGUGUUUGUGUUUGUGUUUGUGUACACUCUUCUCAGCUCUGUCCUUUGAAGAGAGAACCUGAAACUGAAGCUACUGCAUGAUUAUGGCAAAAAUCAUAAUCAUAUUAAGACUGUGAUCACAAUGAUUAAACACAGUUACUCAUGAGUUGACAUCUGCAUCAUGUGCAUUUACAGCCCUUUGGAUUUUUUAAAAACUUCAACACACCGAGCUCUUCAAAAAUCUAAAUAAAUCCUGUCAAAAUGAACUUUAAUAAGUGCAAAAAAAAACAGAUUUUGCACCACUUGAUUUUAUCACAGGCUGCAGAUCCAACACAUUAUUCAGCUUUUUCAAGCCUGCAUUAUUUAUAACUUUAAGAAAUAGGAUAACUUUUUAUUCUGAUGUACUCAGAUGUCAUGUAUAGACUAAUAACUGUUAGCUUGCUACAGCCUCUGUGUCAUCAUGCUUAGUCUGUCUCUAGGCGUUUUAGACACUCACACAGACAUGUAUGCACACAUCUGCCUUCUCUUGUUUCUCUCCCUGCUUCCAUCUCUUCACAUACAUCUGCAUGCUAGUUUAUACUGCAGCUGUAGCAUGACAUGUUGAAGGUACAGCCAGCAGCACAAGAUUGUUCAGUCACAAUUUUCACAUUUUCAUGAUCACUGUGAUUUUGCAUCAGUCUUUUAUAUUCUUUGACUUUUUGAAAAUUCCCAAUCUAUCAUAUUCUAAGAUGGUUUUCCUCCUUUUCUUUCCGUAGGUGAUGGUAAAACGAGAGCCCCUGAGUUCGCCUGAGCCGACGGAUGAAAUCAGUGAUGUGACAUCACAGGCUGAAGGCAGUGACCCAGCUGAGCCUGGAGGCCAGGAGGAGGAAGAGGAGAAGGCAGAGCUGAGCCCAGAGAGCAGUGACCGCAGCUUCACCUCUGAACCCCAGCCCAGCUCUGACUCCCUGCUGCAGCCCAGCUCCCAGCUGCUGCUCAAAAACAACAUGGGAGGAGGCGGCGGAGGGAGAGGAGGUUUUGGGUGUAAUGACCCACUAAGUGGCAAACCUGGUUUCAGCAUUUCAAGCUUUCUCAGCCCCAAGGACUUUGGAAGUAGCAGUGCAGGAAUGGUUUCUGGAGAGGAUGACCUCCCCAACACAACCACAGGUGACGCAGUAGCACAUCAUUUCCUGCUCAGACAGGAAGCUGCUGGGCCAUCUGGCUCUGCUUCUUCUUCUCUUCUGCAGUCAGGUCCACUUGGUGCUGACAGUCACAAUGGAUUUGGAGACAACCUACAAGCAGAUUCAUUGUUUCUUCAUCCCCUGCAUGAUAGUUUAGGGAACCCCAGGGCCAGUGGAGGAGUAGACCCCUUCAGUUUGGACUUUCAGCGCUCUAGUCUGGGGCUUCUCUCUCUGAGCCGAACCUCAAGAGGUGCUGGAGGAGUGAAUUCAGCUGCUAUGGGUUUUCCGGGUUACAGACGCAUUGCUCCUAAAGUGAACACUGGCAUGGGAGGGGAAGAAGGAGUAAGCAGUGUCCACCAGGAUGCUGCCUCUUCCUCCUCAAGCCUUGCAAAUCCCGUGCUCCUAAACAAGAAUGGUGGAUAUGACAUCAACAGCGGCAGGCCAACCUCCCUUCCCCCUCAGUUGACCCGAGCCUCGGCUGAUGUUUUGUCCAAGUGUAAGAAGGCUCUCUCAGAGCACAAUGUCUUAGUGGUUGAGGGAGCUCGGAAAUACGCCUGUAAAAUCUGCUGCAAAACCUUCCUCACCCUGACUGACUGUAAGAAACACAUCCGAGUCCACACAGGAGAGAAACCCUACGCCUGUCUCAAGUGUGGAAAACGCUUCAGUCAGUCCUCACACUUGUACAAGCAUUCCAAGACCACCUGCCUACGCUGGCAGAACAGCAACAUGUCCAAUGGCCUGCUGUAGGACCAAGAUCCUGUGGGUAUCACAUGGGAUGAAACUUUCAGAGAUGGAAAGUCCCAUAAAUGUUAAAGCAGGAGAAUCUGACCAACUGUCUGUCCUCACAAACCAGUUUUGAUCACAGACCAAAGACACAGACUUUUUCUCUUCGAGAGAAACCUAAACUGUAAAGGCUGUAAAAUAACCCUUUGGUAAAACUACAAGGAUGUAAAAAAGUACCACAGAGUCAUCAGAACGUGCUCUAGAUUAUCAGCAGACAUAUCAUAACAGUGUUUUUAAGAUUUUCCAUAAGUGUUGAAAAAUUCAGUCCAUGAAUUUUGCAUUAUAUGAUCUUGGCUAGUCAAGCCAUGGCUAAGUAAGCUGCCACACUGUUGGCCAUCUCAAGUUCGUGGAUGGUCUCAUACGGACCCUCUUUGGUGAACCUUGGCUUUGUUGAAGUGUUUCUGUGUUGUUGGUUUUGUGUAGUCAGUGGUACGAUAGUUGAAGCGUAUUUUGCUACAUAACCAAACACUCAGUCUGAGUGUUUGCAGGUAGAAGGCAGCUGUGCAGCACUAAUAUUACUUAUUAUGUCAAAAAGUGUGCAUAUACAUAUAUUUCUCAUUGUACAUUUGUACAACAUGUAGCAUUAUCUCACAUCAGACUGUUGAAUCGUUGAAAUUGGACUUAUUGACCGUGCCUUGUUUUGUGUAACGGCAGUAGUCAUUUAGACUGAGAGCUAACUGAUCUGGAGUCAGUUCUGGCCGCAGAUAAUGUAGAAUAACUCGUGUAAGUUAUACGACCUUUACAGGCUGAUCAUGGCGUCGUCCUGUCGACACUAACUAGCUGGAUUUCAAUCAGAUCCAGUACCGUGAAGUAGAAAACGUCCAAGAAAAACAAAAGAUUACAGAGACUCAAGUGCCAUGUUUUUGGCCCUGUUGUUUAUAUGCAGUUAAAUAUCAUUAAAAUGAUUUUUGAUCUACUCUGUAAAUAAACGGAGGUGAAUCAGCUGGAGGUGAUUGACAGUGUGAACAGGGCAGACGCUCUUGAAGAGAAAUACCUAAACUAAUCGAAGGUUUUAUGCCUGUGAAGUUGCCUUUAAUGACAUCCCUAGAAGUGUAUCUUAGCUAAGUUUAAAUCAAAAUAUGAUAAACCAUUUUGCACUGAUCUGGACUCCAUGUACUUUAACCACACAGUUCUGUUGUUUGUGCAAUGACAAGUUCAGAGAAAUUUAAAAUUGAUUUUCAUUAACUUCAGAAUUAAGAUGCCUUGUUUCAAAACAAACCAAAGGCACUAUUGUUGUUUCACUAAGAGGAAAAAUCUGUUAAUAUGUGCAGAACUUGCAAUAAGUUGUGAUUUUUAAUUCAAUUGAAGUGCAUUGAGAAACUCUCCCUCUAUUUUCUGACUAGAAAUGACAGUAAAACGUCAGCUUGGAUCCAUCGAGUUCACUGACCAUCCAAACAUCAGUCUGACUCUCUGGUUUCUGGUGUGCUUAAGUGUACAGACUGUCAUUUCCUCAAAGAGCUACAAAGAUGUGUUCAUGGGCAGAACAGUGAAAGUCACCCAGUUGUGGUCAGUACUGUAUCUCUCUCGUGUGUAAAAUAGAAAAAAAAAAAUCUCAAGGAAUUGAGUAUUGUUUGAGUUCGAUAAUGUACUUGAUAAUAGUGCUUUAUGAAUUAAUCUUUAUACAUCCAGUGUCGUACAUGUUAUAAAAUAACCUAGACAAAUCAUUCUUCUUUUAACUAAAAUGUGAACUGGAAUAUUCAAAUACGUCAAAGAAGUUGCUUCUUUGCACUCCAGGGUCCUAGUUUAAAAGCUAUGGGGUUGUAGCGUUUUCUGCUAACGUUUUAAUCAUAACACAAUCUCUACAGUUUGUUACGUGAAUUGACAAAAAGACUGUGGGUCAGAGCUGUCAUUGAGAGCAGCUUCAUGUGUUGGGUAAUGGUUGGCUGAAAUCAAUGAUUAUGCAGUUUGUACAGUUCUGUUACAAUGAACCAAAUGAAAAAGUAACACUUAAAGUACAUUCGCCUUUUUAUAGAUGUCUCUGCUUGCUGUGUUGUGUCACUUACACCGUCAAUAAGAAACUCAUGGUCACUGCUUCCAUUUCUUGUUGGCACCUUAUUGUACUGUAGAGUCAUUGCACUGUCAGCCUGUACAAAAUCAAUGUGUUUCAAGUCAAACAUAUGUUUAUGGAUUACCCUGAUUUAUGACUUCAGAGGAAAAAAAAAAGCCUUUUAAACACUAAUUUAGGAUUACCCUGUUCUUCCUGACAGUGAAAGAACCAAUAGCAGAGUUUUUGAAGUUUUAUCAUUGAAUAAAUGAUGCUGGUUAUUAAAUCUUUAUCUCAUACAAUCUUCUCCUCUCUCUAAAAAAAGAGGUAAAUCAGAUAUCCUCCCAACGAUUUAAGAGUCCUCCAAAACGGCCUCCAUGUGUCACAAAGUGGCCUGGUCAUGAUUUUUAUGGUGCUGUCUUUUAAAGCUGUUAUAUGUAACAGUUAAUGUGAAUAUCUGAAAAAUGCACUGACUGUAUUACCCCUGUCCGUAUAUGCCAAAAUGUAAGAAUAUCUGAAAGGCCUAAAUUGAUUAUUAAAGUCACUGCCUUACGCCCCAGAGCUUAAAAAGCUGGGCUUUUAUCAACAACAAUGCCAGAUCUGAAGUUAUACUGUGAUCGUUUUUGUGUAAAGCUAACAUAGUGUGACCACAAGAAGAAUAAAUGUUAGACUAAAUGUAUGGUAAAGGCUAUGAAGAUCGUAUAGUGUGUUCAGUUGUUUCAAAAAAAUUGAAUUAAAAAAAGUGAAACAGUUUUGUCGUUGUCGAUGUUUUAUGAAAUAUGAUGGCACUGAAAUUGUACAAGAAUAAACCAAAAUCUGUGUAUUGAGUUGACUCGAAUCAAAAUAAAGAAACGUUGUACUCCGUUCUUUA